UGCUGGAACUGUAGGUUCACGUCUCUCCCUCUCUCGUCGGGCUUGCCUCCGUGCGUGACACCGGCGCACCAUAUGCCUCCCAAAACAAGACACAGUGAAGCAACGCAAAGUAUUGAAUAAGUAGCAAGAUAACAUAGCUAACGGACAUCAAGCCAGCUGCAUUAUUCACAGUCAAGCUAGCUAGCUAUUUUAGCUAACUGUGCCAUGGACCCGCGAGACACAGCACCGGAUUCGUGGGAGCAGGAGGAAGAUGUUAAGGCCCGAGCUGCCGCGGGGCUCCAGUCCGCUCUCGCCGCUCUCAGCGUCAAUGCCAAGCCAUUUAUCCCGAAUGUCGACGCGGCGGUGUUUGUGCCGACUUUCCUUCAAAGUAGCCCUACGGAAAUCUUCAAUUCCGAUGGUCACGGUGCUGAGCCAGUUGCCAGCAUGGAGGUUUUAGAAACAGUUGCUCCGGUGGAGAACGGAGGAGGGACAGAAGCAGACAUGGCGGUGGAGGUGGAGACGUGGGAGCAGAAAGAGGAGCCCGGGGAAGGAGAACCAGGGGGAGGAGGAGCACUGGGAGGAGAGGGAGGUUCCAGUGAAGAGGCACAGGGAAGGGAGGAAGUAGAGAUGAUGGAGGAGGAAGAAGAGGAGGAGUUGCCCGUGCUAAAAGUAAUCCCGCUCCCACCAAAUGCCCCGAAGAAGGAGCAUGUCAAUGUGGUGUUCAUCGGUCAUGUGGAUGCUGGUAAAUCAACAAUUGGGGGACAGAUCAUGUAUUUGACAGGUAUGGUGGAGAAAAGAACCCUGGAGAAAUAUGAAAGAGAAGCAAAAGAAAAAAACAGAGAAACAUGGUACCUGUCCUGGGCCCUGGACACUAACCAGGAGGAGAGAGACAAGGGGAAGACGGUGGAGGUGGGGAGAGCCUACUUUGAGACAGAGAAAAAGCACUUUACUAUCCUGGAUGCCCCCGGCCACAAAAGCUUUGUCCCCAACAUGAUUGGUGGUGCAUCACAGGCUGACUUGGCAGUGCUGGUGAUCUCGGCCAGAAAAGGAGAGUUUGAGACAGGCUUUGAGAAGGGAGGCCAGACGCGAGAGCACGCCAUGCUUGCCAAGACGGCUGGAGUCAAGCACCUCAUCAUCCUCGUCAACAAGAUGGAUGACCCCACCGUCAACUGGAGCUUGGAAAGGUAUGAGGAAUGUAAAGAGAAAUUAGUGCCAUUUCUGAAGAAGGUGGGCUUCAAUCCAAAGAAGGACAUCUACUUCAUGCCUUGCUCUGGGCUAACGGGAGCCAACUUGAAGGACCCCAUAGAGGAGUGCACGUGGUACACGGGGUUGCCAUUCAUCCCACACCUAGACAGCCUGCCAAGCUUCAACAGAAUCACAGACGGCCCCGUCAGAUUACCCAUCGUAGACAAAUACAAGGAUAUGGGCACGGUGAUCCUGGGGAAGCUGGAGUCUGGCUCCAUUGCCAAAGCCCAGCAGCUGGUCAUGAUGCCUAACAGGCACACAGUGGAGGUGCUGAGCCUGCUGUCUGAUGAGGUGGAGACAGAUGAAGCUGUUCCUGGGGAGAACCUGAAGCUAAGGCUGAAGGGCAUCGAGGAAGAGGAGAUUCUGCCUGGCUUCAUCCUCUGUAACGCUGAGAACCUCUGCCACUCCGGACGCACCUUUGAUGCCCAGAUCGUCAUCAUUGAGCAUAAAUCCAUAAUCUGCCCAGGUUACAACGCAGUCCUACACAUCCACACCUGUAUUGAAGAAGUACAAAUCACAGCCUUAAUUUGUCUAGUGGACAAGAAGACAGGUGAGAAGAGCAAGACACGACCUCGCUUUGUCAAACAGGACCAGGUGUGCAUCGCCCGGCUUCGGUGUGCCGGAACCAUCUGCCUGGAGACCUUCAAAGACUUCCCACAGAUGGGGAGGUUCACCCUUCGAGAUGAAGGCAAAACCAUUGCUAUUGGCAAAGUGCUGAAGCUGGUACCAGAGAAGGACUAAUGUGAACCAGCAUGGAAUCCUGGGACAGUUGUCAUGACAGAGGAAGCUGCUGACGCCGACUUAGCCAGCCACCCCCUCUUACAUACCACUCUCUCCUGAAGAGGAAGAGAAGGAGGAGAACAAAUCAAGUUUGAAAAUAAAGAAGAAACUGUAAAAAGUGACUGAAUCAGUUUUUAUGAUGAACAAUAUUAAAGAAAGACAAGUCCAGUGUGUCAGCUUUCUCAUAUUGAGAGCUCAGCUAUGCCACUAAUGUAGCCGCUACCCUUUCCUAAGCCAACCUCACUCUGCGCUGGUCCACCUUUUGUUUUGGAAAUGGGAAUGUAUGCAGUGUUACUUUGUUUGGAAAGGAAGGGACUGGCGUUGCAUCCGGUUGCAUCACUUUGGACCAGAGUUAGCUAGUUAUACCCACUCAAAUCCAAAAUAUUAUACCAAAAUGUUAAUAUUUUGGUUGUAGACAUCCCCAUACCAAAUCCUAUCUGGUAUGUUCACACACACAAUCAAACAAACAUGGUUCCUGUUGUGAUCAUGUGCUGUCACGUUACCAACAACAAUGAAAAUAAAGUAUCAAACUGAGGAAUAAAAGUAAAAA